CCCGCGGAGCAGAGCCGAGCCGAACAUGCCUCCAAACCACUUCCUGCCGCAGUUGGCAGUGGUACCAUGAGUCCUGCAGCCUGAGCUCGCUGGGUCUGACAUAAAGUCCACUGUGGUGCAUUUGUCAUUGUUUGCGGCUGAGCUCGUUCUUAUCAUUUACAGAAACUGGGACAUUAAAGUAAAACCAGACGUACUCCACAAUUUAGCUGUUAAAUGACAUUUUAUUUCUGAAACGUUCAUUCUCAACUCAACAAAUCCCACGGGGAGCAAGAGGCUCCAUCCACAGUGGGAGGACACCAGUCAGGUUUACUGGACACCAGCUGCUCACACUGGGUCCAGAGCAAACACACUCAGCUUGGUUUUGCUUUCAGACAUGAGCUCCUGCGUGUGUUCCAGUCUGACUCUAUUUGUUCUAACAGGAACUUCAGUCUGGCCCCAGGAAAGCAUUAGCUCCCACUGUGGACGGGCAGAGGCUUACGUGCUCAUGCUGGUCUGAAGGAACAUGGUCAUGGAGCAGCGCCUGAAGCGUGGGAAAGGUGGCCUGAGAAAUCAGGCCAAACGAGCGUCCUUCCUGUGUUCAGAGAAGCAGGUGUGGACUAGCUGCAGUUUCUUCACCACAAUCAACCCGCAGAGAAAAGUCUGACUUGCAUUUCACACCCUGGAAAACGUCGUUACACAAGUGACCUGAUGUUUGCUCCCUGUGAAAAUCCCCGCUGCUCGAACACACCCCGCUGCUUCAGAGGAGGGGGGGUCAGACGCUGGGGGGACAUGUUGUGUCAGGUCAAGUAACAAGCGAGUCAGAGUCCUGGACGUUGUGACAGUGAAGCUGCUGUAGGUUUGGAUGCUGGGAAACGUCAUGUCCUCCUCCCUCUCUGGUGGAGGCAGAUGGACUGCUGCUCACUGGGAUGUCUUGGCCUCUGUAGAACCCCACAAUGCUGGGAAGUUUGUUCUGUCGCGUCUCAGACGUGUUUGUGAGCAGCUUUACUUGCUCCGCAUGUCACAGGAAGAAGAGGCGUCAGAUGCUGUGGAGGUGAGAACCAACAUGACGCUGCUGAGAGUUCUGCUGUUCUGCUGUCUGCUUCACACAGGUGUGAAGUGCGACAGAGACGCGGUGUUUGUGUACAGCAGACUGAGAGGCAGCGCCCUCCUGCCCUGCACUGCUCGGCUUCACUCAGACUGCUCCCUCAUCAGCUGGACCUUCUACAAAGGUGGUGAUCGGAACAUUAACGAGGUCAUCGGGGGACAGGUGAGCGACUCGGCCAGAUCCAGCCGCUUGUCCGUCACAUCCAACUGCUCUCUCCACCUGCACGACCUCAGGGUGGACGACGCCGGCUCCUACGUCUGCUGGAGACAAAGUCAUAGCAUCGCCAACGUUUACCUGUCUCUCCUCACCAUCACUUCACCUUCCACACUCACCGACCUGCAGCCUGGAGGGAACCUCAGCCUGAGCUGCGUGCUCUUCACCUACUAUGAUGCUGGGGGCUGCAAGUCAUACUCCAGCGCAUUCAGCCUAAGCUGGAUGGACGAGGACGGGACGCCGCUGCCCACAGACGGCAGGUAUGAAAUUGUUGAGCAGACUCGCUGCAGCGUCUUGCUAGUCACAACUCUGCAGAGGGAGGACAACAGCAGGAGAUGGAGGUGCCAGGUGGAAACCUCGGAGAACAGCAGCGCCGUGUUUCAGGAUUUCUCCUCCAUCUUUCUGCUCAACCGCCCUCUCGCUGCUCAGACUCCAGGUUCUCCUGCCACCAUGCAUUGUCCAGUUGAGCUGCCCAUUAGCCGCAUUGUGCUCUGUGCAGCUCUGCCAGUCAUGGUGAUUGUAGUGAGCCUGUGGUCACGGAGAACAGGCAAACAUCUGGCUAAAACAUCUGCAGCUGCCACAGAGCUCCAGGAAAUUAACAGUUAAUACCUGGUUUUCAAAUCCCACAUGGUCUCAGACACAUGUUACAGAUGUGGCGGUAACAGCAGCAGGAUUAUUCAUGUGUUUCAGUAUGUUUGACAGAAUGUAUUUCUGUAUAGUGUAAAAGUUAUAUUGUAAAACUGUACUUUUAUUUUUGUUUUUUUUUUGUUUUUUAAAUGUGUAAUCAUCACGAUUGAUAAAUGAAAUUAACCAUAAAGGUAAACACAAAAGGAAACAAGUCUCUGCGUUAACGUCCAGAUCAUGUAUCAAAUGUAACACAGAACCUGGAAAAUGACACAGUGAAGAGAACACAACACAGUAAAGCAAAAGUAUUCUACAAAAUACCACUUCGACUGUGACUUGACUUGGAACAUUUAGAGGUUCACAUUUGGAUUUUUUCCUUCUGUCAUUU